AUGCCCCUCCCACGCCAGGUCUUCGUCGCAGUCAUUGGUGCCGGAGGCGUCGGAAAGUGCUUCCUGAGCCAGCUUUCAGCCCUCGCACAAUCUCUCUCGCAAUCACCCAGCGCUCCCACAUACCUCUCCCUCAUAUACCUAAGCACAUCCAAGAAGGCUCUUCUCCACGCCGACUACAAAUCCCAACAGCUCUCGAGCUGGGAGUCCGAGCUGACGGCUUCCUCUACCGCACCGCUACCUCCCCCACAGCUCGCCGACUACCUCGUCAAAGCCCCGGGCAAGGUCGUCCUCGUCGAAAACACGUCGAACCAGGAGGUGGCCGACUCAUACCCUCUGUUCCUGAAGAAGGGCAUCUCGAUCGUGACGCCCAACAAAAAGGCCUUCUCAGGCCCAUACAAGCUCUGGGAGGACAUCUUCCAUGUAGCUUCCAACGGCACUGGCGCCAAUGGCCUUGGAGCUGGAGGCUAUGUGUUCCACGAGUCCUCCGUUGGUGCUGGACUUCCUGUCAUCGUCACUCUGAAGGACCUUAUAAGGACGGGUGAUGAGAUCCGCAAGAUCGAGGGUGUCUUCAGUGGCACGAUGAGCUUCCUCUUCAAUUCCUUCCAGCCGACUGAUGGGGGCGGAGGCAAGUUCUCUGCUGAGGUGAAGAAGGCAAAGAAGCUGGGCUACACGGAGCCAGAUCCGCGAGACGACCUGAACGGUCUGGAUGUUGCUCGCAAGCUUACCAUUUUGGCACGUAUCGCUGGUCUGAAAGUCGAGUCACCAACCUCCUUCCCCGUACAGUCCCUCAUACCUGAGGAGCUAGAGUCCGCCUCUUCGGGUGACGAGUUUUUGUCCCGCCUGCCCGAUUUCGACGGCCAGAUGGACCAGCUCAAGGCCGACGCCGAGAAGGAGGAUAAGGUAGUCCGAUUUGUUGGUAGUAUAGACGUGCAGAAGGGCGAUGUUAAGGUGGGACUUGAGAAGUUCGACAAGAGCCACCCUAUCGCUGCGCUGAAGGGCAGCGACAACAUCAUCGCUUUCUACACCAAACGAUACGGUGACAACCCGCUAAUCAUCCAAGGUGCUGGUGCUGGUGGUGACGUUACAGCCAUGGGUGUCACCGGUGACCUGUUACGGGUGCUCAGACUUAUCCGUUAG